GCCGCUCUCAUGCUUCUCUCUGGUGGACAGUAGCAUCAAACAGAAACAAGUAGACUGUUCAUUUAACGGUUCCGCAUAAUUUUUUGAGGAAAUUAUCGGGAAAUAUUAUUCGCUUGUGGGAUUUCUUUAUGAAUAUACUUAUCAGCGCACCGUAAUUUGGAAUUUUUGAUAUUCUAAAGUGUAGAAACACGGCGAGAUGAUGCACAGAAGAGGAGGUAAGCGUAUCCGGAUGGACGAUCCGGUACCACCAGAGUACGAGACUCCGAUGACACCUAUGACACCAAUGAACGACAAUUCGGGUGGAGAUGCAAACGAUUCUUAUAGCGGUUAUACGCCAUACAAUCAGGCAUCUCAAACUCCACUACACAAUCCGACCCCAGAGCAUUAUUCUUCGGAGAGUUAUAGUUCACCUGGUACAUCUCAGCAGCAAGAACAGUCAGGGAAUUUUGACAACCAGGCACAGUUUGAGGCUCCCAUGACUCCUGCCACUCCUAACAUGAGGAUUACGAGAAAUACACGUGCCAGGAUGCGUGGAGGUGUAGUACAGCAACCUAAAUAUAAAGAAAUCGAUACUGACUAUAUCCCAACAUCUAGUGGGAAAAGCAAAGGCAAUAGUGGAAGAGGCAGAGGCAAAAGAGCACAUCACUCGCAUAGUCUGGAAGAUGAAGCUAGUCUUUACUAUGUUAUUAGAAAUAAUCGUUCUUCCCUCACUACUAUUGUUGAUGACUGGAUAGAAAAGUACAAGAGCAAUAGGGAAAAUGCUCUACUUAUGUUGAUGCAAUUUUUUAUCAAUGCAAGUGGUUGUAAAGGUCGCAUUACUUCUGAGAUGCAACUUACUAUGGAACAUGUGGCAAUUAUUCGUAAGAUGACUGAAGAAUUCGAUGAAGAGAGUGGUGAAUAUCCAUUGAUAAUGACAGGACAACAAUGGAAGAAAUUCCGUGCCAAUUUUUGCGAAUUUGUACAAAUUCUGGUCCGCCAGUGUCAAUAUUCUAUUAUUUAUGAUCAAUUUUUAAUGGAUAAUGUUAUUUCUUUGUUAACUGGACUCUCAGACUCACAAGUUAGAGCGUUCAGACAUACAGCAACACUUGCAGCUAUGAAAUUAAUGACAGCCUUGGUAGACGUUGCUUUGACUGUCUCUAUAAAUUUGGAUAAUACGCAACGACAAUACGAAGCCGAGAGACAAAAGGCCCGAGAAAAGAGAGCAGCAGACAGAUUGGAAUCUUUAAUGGCGAAACGAAAGGAGUUAGAAGAGAAUAUGGACGAAAUUAAGAAUAUGCUUACGUAUAUGUUCAAGUCAGUCUUUGUUCAUAGAUACAGAGAUACUUUGCCAGAGAUACGUGCAAUUUGCAUGGCAGAAAUUGGAGUCUGGAUGAAAAAAUUCCACCAGAAUUUCUUGGACGAUUCCUACUUAAAGUAUAUAGGUUGGACGUUGCACGACAAAGUUGGAGAAGUCAGACUGAAGUGUCUACAGGCAUUGCAACCAUUGUAUGCUUCGGAGGAGUUAAAAACGAAACUUGAGCUUUUUACCAGUAAAUUUAAAGACAGAAUCGUUGCAAUGACGUUGGACAAAGAGUAUGACGUGGCGGUCCAGGCUGUAAAAUUGGUUAUCUCGAUCCUUAAACAUCACAGAGAAAUUCUCACUGAUAAAGAUUGCGAACACGUGUACGAACUUGUUUAUUCGUCUCAUCGCGCGGUCGCGCAAGCAGCUGGUGAAUUCUUGAACGAACGUUUAUUCCGUCCGGACGACGAAGCCGUAGCGGGUGUGAAGACUAGACGCGGCAAAAAGCGAUUGCCGAAUACACCUCUUAUACGCGAUCUAGUUUUGUUCUUCAUCGAAUCCGAGUUGCAUGAGCAUGGAGCAUAUUUGGUUGACUCUUUGAUCGAGACUAAUCAAAUGAUGAAAGAUUGGGAAUGUAUGACGGAUCUUUUGCUGGAGGAGGCUGGUCCUGAGGAGGAAGCACUAGACAAUCAGAAGGAAACAUCCCUUAUCGAGUUGAUGGUUUGUUGUAUUAAACAAGCCGCUACCGGCGAAGCGCCAGUCGGCCGCGGACCAAAUCGAAAGAUUUUAUCAGUGAAAGAAGUGAAGCAAGUUAAUGACGAUAAGCAAAGAUUAACUGAACAUUUUAUUCAAACAUUACCGCUCCUGCUGGACAAGUACAGGGCGGAUCCUGAGAAAUUGGCCAACUUACUCGCAAUCCCGCAAUAUUUCGAUUUGGAUAUUUAUACGAAAUCUAGACAGGAGAUAAAUCUAGAUUCUUUAUUGAGUAAAAUUCACACAAUUGUAGAAAAGAUGCACGACACUGAAGUUUUAGAUACUGCAGCUAAGACUUUAGAACACAUGUGUGUGGACGGUCAUGCUAUCUUUACUAGAUGCGACGUCGCUCGGUCUACAUUGAUCGAUUCCAUUGUAAAUAAGUAUAAAGAAGCGAUCGACGAGUAUCGGAAUUUGAUAGAGGGAGAUGAGGUACCGGACGAAGAUGAAACUUUCAAUGUUAUCCAGUCUCUCAAGAAAGUCUCCAUAUUUUAUUCUUGUCACAAUAUGAAUCCAUGGAAUAUAUGGGAUUCUCUAUACAAAGAUAUAGAAGAUGCGAAAGAUCCUACAAAAUGCUUACCGUUUAAUGCAGUUAAGUAUUGCAUAAGCGCUUGCUUUUUCGCUAUCUUAUGGGGUCAAAAUCACUUGAUGGAAGCUGUCGAUUCUGGCAAUCGUGGCGAAGAUGAAUGUCGACAACUGAAGGAACGGUUGCAUUCAUUUAUGGGCUCGAUGCGCCAUUUCGUUAGUGGCGACAGUAGCGGCACACCAUCACCGCCGAUAUUGAGAGAAGAAGCAUAUAAUACGAUAUGCGAUCUGUUGGUGGUAUUCUGCAAUCAACUGACUACACAUACCAAUCAUCUGAUGCAUCAAUUGGUGUACGAACCUGAUCAAGCAAUGCAGAAUAUGCUUAAUAGAUUUAUACAAGAAUACGUCUUCUUUGAAGAGGAGGAUGAUGAACACGACGAGCACUCCAAGAUCGAAGAGCUGCACAAGCGAAGAAACUUCUUAGCAGGUUACUGCAAGCUAAUCGUUUAUAAUAUGAUUCCUACGAAAGCCGCAGCCGAUGUAUUUAAGCAUUAUGUGAAGUAUUACAAUGAUUACGGCGACAUUAUUAAAACCACAUUGGGAAAAGCGAGAGACAUCAACAAAACGAAUUGCGCGCUAACCAUGCAACAGAGUUUGAACAUUUUGUAUAACGAAAUUGUAACUGAGAAAGGCAAAGUGAACCGAAGCAGCGAAGAAUUCACUGCAAUUAGAGAACUCGCAAAACGAUUUGCGUUAUCCUUCGGUUUAGAUGCCGUGAAAAAUCGCGAAGCAAUCACAGCCUUACAUCGCUCAGGUGUGUUAUUUGCCAUUACUCCACCAGAUGGUAUCGAGCAGGACCCCACAGGCCCGCCACCAAAUCUACCAUUCCUUGAAAUAUUGUCCGAAUUCACGAAUAAACUCCUCAAACAGGACAAACGUGUUGUUCUAAACUUUCUGGACAGACGAUUGCAAGCUGGAAUGCCAUCGUCACGAGGCGAAGACUGGCAACCUUUACUUCUGUAUAGAAACAGCUUGCUGCACGGCGAGACUGAUCAAGUUCCUGUGACAAGUAAACGAGCUUAUACGAGACGCAAGAAGGAUCAGUUAGCCGAGGAAGAAGAAGCAGAUGAACCUGAUGAGGGUUCUGAUCAUGAAUUUUCAGGGUAACCUGAUUGUUACACAAGUUAAGGCUCCUGUUUCCUUGCCGUGGUUAUUUUAGAUUAUGAUGUUGGAAGCGAAAAAAUAUAUGUCCAAAAUUCUUGCAAAAUUAAGAUGUCUAAAAAAACAUGUCUAUAGAAUGACGCGAUUGAUUUGAGUAGAUUGUAUAAUAUUCCGAAAUCUUCUUCUUUACUUUAAUAAUCAAUAAAAAGUCAAAAUUAACGUGACAAAAUUAUUUAAUUAAAAAAUAGAUCAUAAGUCUUGUUAAUUUUAUAUUAAUUUUUGCGGUUAUUUAUUGAUUGUUAGAGCAAAAGAUAACUUUAGAAUAUUUCACAAAUUUGCAUAAAAAAUCGAUCGCAAGUAUAAUUUUAUGGAUAUCUUUUUUUUUAUUUCAGCGUGCUUUGUAAAAAGUUUGAGUAUGUAUUUUCUCGCUUUUGACGUCAUAAUGUAAAAUAGUCGUGGUGAAGACCAGGAGCUUUAAAGAAUGUAUUUUUAGAGGAAUAUCAAUUGUGUAUCUGAAAGUUAUAUGUAAGGGGCAAAAAUUGUACAAGAAACUUUUGAUGUAAUUUAUUAUUCCUGGUGCCUGCUUUCUCUUUAUUUCGUUUAACAAAUGAAGUCACACUUCUAAACUAGAAUAAGAGAAUAUUAAGGGAUAGAUCAUAUUGUCACAGAUUAUGGUAUUUUUGAAACAAAUGAGAAAGAUCGUACAUAGAGAACGAUGUGUGUAUUUUGUCGAAUGAUUAAAAUCGAGUAAGCUUAAAACUUUGUAUUCUGUUUAUAUAUCAAUAAUACAAAUUGGUGAGAUAGAUAUGAAUAUGUGAGAUUACUUUAAAUAAGACCCUCUAUACUCCCAGUGUUCCUAAAUCCUACUUUAUUAAAAUGAAAAAUUGUCAUUAAAAAGCGCGAUGUAUGUAUUAUCAAUUAUUAAUAUACAGAAAACAUGUGAGAGAGAAUAAGACCUUUGUUUUACACUUUUCUUUCUCUCUCAUUCUCCAUCUUACUCUUUUUUAAAAUUGAUAAUGUGAGCAUUCUUUUUCAUAGCACGCCGUUCUCUAUAACCAUCUCCUUACAAAAAUGUUAUCUAUCAUUCUUCGUUUGCAUCUCUCUCUUUCGCUCUCUCUUGAUUAAUUUUAUAUUAUAUUUUAUAAUAUGAUAUUGUUUUAUAUGAUAUUGUUAUAAUAUGAUAUUGUUUUAUCAAGAUUUUGAUACAUUUCGUUGAUUUACAAUGUAUAACAUAAUAAAUUAUAAAUUUUCUCUUUA